AGUGCCACCUGUCAGUGCUCAUCAGUCAGUGCUCAUCAGUGCCAGUGCCCAUCAGUGCCACAUCAAUGCCACCCAUCAGUGCCAGUCAGUGCCAACUAUCAAUGCCAAUCAGUGCCACCUAUCAGUGCUGCCAAUCAGUGCCACCUAUCAGUGCCAGUCAGUGUCGCCUAUCAGUGCCAGUCAGUGCCGUCUAUCAGUGCCAGUCAGUGCUGCCUAACAGUGCCAGUCAGUGCCGCCUAUCAGUGCCAGUCAGUGCCGCCUAACAGUGCCAGUCAGUGCCGCCUAUCAGUGCCAGUGAGUGCCGCCUAUCAGUGCCACCUAUCAGUGCCAUAUAUCAGUGUCAUGUAUCAGUGCUGCCUUUCAGUGCCCAUCAGUGAUGCCUGUCAAUGCCCAUCAGUGCAACCUACCAG